GUAAUUUGGGGAAGGGUGACACUAUGCUCAUGUUCUGUGAUGAUAAAAGGGAGUGAUUUUUAAGCAAAAGAAAAGAGAGAAUGAAGAAAAGACAAGAAAUGUGAGUAAAACAUGAUCUUUUUAUUUUUCCACUAACUUCCCCCCAGUAGCCCCCACUUCAAAAGACCCAAGAUCUAGGUGAAAGAACAAAGUGUCUGCAGGGCACAGUGGUGUUCCUGCAGUGCUGCAUUGCCCUGGCAAGGAGGAGCCACAGAGUUGCUUUAGAUGAAGGAAAACUUUGGGCCACAUUCAGGUGAAACAUCAGCCUUUCCUUUCCAUCCCCAGUGUGCCUGAGCUGCUGGCAAGCACUAUUGUGUUUAAGAGAGAGAGGGAAAAGCAGAGCUGCUGGAGAAAGAACUCAUUCAGGUCAUGUCCAUGCCAAGGAGUGCAUUUGAACAGAGUCCCAUGGGUAUGAACUGCCGAGCUCCAUGCUUGACUUGGCAGGAGGAGUGGCAGAGGCAGGGCUGUGCUCAGCAAGGAGCAAUUGGCACACUGGUAUCUGCAUGUGGUAUGCCUGGGGCAGAGGUAAAGAUCCAUGCAGAGCAGGGUUAAAAUCUGAGCACUUUGCAGCCAAGACAGCAUCAGAGCUGGGAAAUAGUGGUCUCUGGAAUGGUUUGUGACGGUAGGACCAUACCAAGGGGGAGGAGGAAGGGGAAUAUUAGCUGAAUCAGUGACUCUUCUGAGUCAGAAGAAAAAUUAUUCCUGCCCCCCCUGCCAGCACUUUGUGCAGAUCCAAGAUACCGUUCCCAAAAGAGUCCCUACAUAUGUUAGCAGGAAGACAACUGUCUGCACACUUUGCAGCAAGAACAGCGUGGCAACUGAUGCAGCACAGUGCUGUGAGCCUGGGGUAAUGUAUCUCCCGAACGGAAAGCUGUGGAGUGCAGUGCUGACGGGCUUAAUCUGCUGACUGCCAGAGAUCAGAGAUCUUCUUUCUACUCCAGGGAUGCCUGCCUGCAAGAUCCAUGACUCAAAGCAAGCAAAUGACUAGCUGUAGUGUCAGGGUUAUGUAUUACAGCAUCCCCUUUUGUGAGGAUGGCAGGCUGGAAAAACUACAGUUCCCAGCACCCUUUUGUGCAUCUCCCAGAAACUACAGUUCCCAGAACCUUUUCAUGAGCCGGGGAGGUGUACAUGGAAGUAGUUGCUGAGGAAUUUUGCAUCACACCCCAUAUUUCCAGUGCUGGCCAGCCCUCGGUUAGUGAAAAGCGAAAUGGAGGAAAAGCCAGGGAGCACUGAGACUGUGGUUUUGCCCACACCUGGUAACUGCAGCACAGGGCAUCCUUCUCCCCCUGGGGUCUCCCUGGGCAGACGCAGGGAGGAUCCUGACCCUUAGGGAAGCACGGCUGCUGCGGAAGGAGAGCAGACAAACUACAGAUCCCAGCAUUCCCUAGCAGGCAGCACCUGCGGCAGUCCCUGCAUGGCUGGGGGGAUGAGGAUGUGGAUGGAGGGUGGGGAAGAGAUGAAGGGUGCCGUGGGGCUGCGCUGCGCCUGGGACCCACCUCCCAUUGAUGCCCAGGCCAAGUGGGUGAGGCUCAAUGUGGGGGGCACCGUCUUCCUUACCACCAGGCAGACCCUGUGCCGGGAGCAGAAAUCUUUCCUGUGUCGCUUGUGCCAGGGCGAGGAGCUGCAGUCGGACCGGGAUGAGACUGGUGCAUACCUAAUAGACCGGGACCCUACUUACUUUGGACCCAUCCUGAAUUUCCUCCGUCAUGGGAAGCUGGUCCUGGAUAAAGAUAUGGCUGAAGAGGGGGUCCUGGAAGAAGCAGAGUUCUAUAACAUUGGUCCCUUAAUCCGGAUAAUUAAGGAUCGACUGGAGGAGAAGGACUACACAGUGGCACAGGUGCCUCCUAAACAUGUCUACCGUGUGCUACAGUGCCAGGAAGAGGAGCUCACUCAAAUGGUUUCCACUAUGUCUGAUGGAUGGCGCUUUGAGCAGCUAGUGAACAUUGGAUCGUGCUACAACUAUGGGAAUGAGGAUCAGACAGAGUUCCUGUGUGUGGUCUCCAAGGAACUGUACAACUCUCCCAGUGGUCUGAGCUCUGAGUCCAGCCACAAGGCCAAGAGCGCAGAGGAGGACGUGGAGGAAGAAGAGCAGGAGAUGGAGGAGGAGGCAGAGGCAGAAGCAGAAGAGAAAGGUGCAGCAAAUCCUUGAGGAAAAAAAUAGACUAACCCCCAGGCAUAGAUUCAUCCACCUUUCUGGUGAGAACUCACAGCUAGCAGCAGGGAAGAACUAGGACAGGUGUGGGGUAGAGGGGACGUCCUCCCAAGGAACAGGAGUUUAUCUGGAGAUAAAGCUUGUAGGGAGGGGUUUUUACCUUGGCUGCUGCUUUGUGUUUUUAACUGUUUGGUUUAUUUAUAUUAUAUUUUUAUUUGCAGACUGUCCAUGUACUGGACACUCUCUCCUGCUCCCCUCCAUCUCCAUCUCUGCACUGUCACCUGCCUGGGACACCCCACCCCAUUCCCCAGCCUCCGGCAUUCUCCCCUCUGCUCUCUUUGCUCCUCACAGCCUCCUUCCAGCAGACCUGGUUCCUGUCUCCCCUUCCAAACCCAAGAUUCUGUUUGUUCCCUCCUCAGGGCCCCAUCUCUCUCUGUUCCUCACUUUUCCUACUCUGCAGGUAUGUUACCUAUAUGCACUCUCAGAUCCUGCCAGUUUGAGCUCUGCAUGAGUGACUCACAUCCUUCCCUCUUGUGGAUAAAGUCCUGGUUUGUAGAGCUUGGGGAGGGGGAAAAGCAAGGGGAGGUUGAGUCAUUUCUAAGGUGGCUUUUCUGAUUCUCAUCAUACAUGUGCCUUCACUUGCCAAGCAGUUCUUACAGCUCUGGGCUGGAGGCUCUGGAAGCAGCAGGGAAAAUGCAAUCAGGAGUAAGGAGGAGGGCGGGGAAGAAUGGGGAAGAAUGCAAAGCAGGCAGGGAUGGCACAGGGGAAUGCCUGCCGUGUGGCUGCCUGCCAUGCAUGCCAGAUCACUUCUCCUGAUUGCCAUCCAUUCUUGCUCAUGCUUCCCUUGACACUGCAGUGCCAGAGGGUGCUGAAAGUGCAGUGGAAGCUGUGGGUCCCUGCUCCAGAUGUUCCUACAGCUGUGCUUCAAAGGGACCUCUGCUAUGUCUCCUCUGAGACAGGCUGCCCAUCUGCAGCUGAACAAAGAAAGCUUUCAUAGGAGGACCCCUCUCUCUAGCCGGAAAACAGAUUUCUUGCUGAACUGGUGGUGCUCAGUGCCACUUUCCAUCCUAAUGGGGGGCACUUGUUAGCUGGAUGGCAUUUCUCACUUCCCUUGUUCAAGAGCCUCCUUGUUCAUGGCUAUGGGACCUGAGUGUUAUUCUCUCAAAAGGCAGUGUGUGUAAUCAUAGACUUCUCCCUUAUUUUUCUCUUUUCACCCCACCCUCAAUCCUUUUCUUUUUCCUUUUCUU